GUCCGCCUUGCCGACAGGUGGAAUUUUCUAUUGAUCUUAUCCCUGGAGCCGGACCCGUUUCAAAGGCACCGUACAGAAUGGCGCCUAAAGAAUUGCAGGAAUUAAAGACCCAAAUCCAAGAGCUGCUGAAUCUCGGUUUUAUACGACCGAGC